CUCUCUCUCUCACUGCCCCACUAACGUGUUCAGCUCAAACCUUCUCACUCACACCAUCCUAAUUUCACGACCACGCCGCUGGAGAGCGCAGCCACGCGUGACGGUCAAAAGACCAAGUGGGAACUACUCGUCGGUGUUGCCGUCCGUUGGAGCGGAGAUCAAGUUAACGGCGUUCUUUCUUUUCUUUCUUUCCUAUUAUAUUUCAUUCUCUCUAUUCCUCGUUCGUACCGUUUCUUCAGCAUGGUUUUAAAUUGCCUGUCAAGAGAUUUACGCUUCUUCCAAGGCGGUUCAGAGCCGUUCGGUACCUCAAGAAGGUCGCCCUAGUCGACAUUGGAAGCAAAUAACACCGGAAUAACGUGGAUGAUAUUAACGGUCGCCCCAGUCGAGGUUAGAAGCCAAUAACACGGGAAUAACGUGGAUGAUAUUAACGGUCGCCCCAGUCGAGGUUAGAAGCCAAUAACACGGGAAUAGCGUGGAUGAUAUUAACGGAGACAGUACAGUCUAUGAAUAUUUCACCGGAGCUCGUACUGUACAGUGCAGUAAAGUGAUAUCCGCCACCUUUAAAACAAAACGCCGGGACUGUAAAGUUGUAGCCGUGGCUGGCGGGUGCACCACCACCAAACGGAAAUCCAGGUGGAAGACGAAGGAGAAGAAGAAGAAGGAGGAGCAGCAAUGGAGGACUCCUCGGAGAGAGGAGCAAGAGAGCCUUAAGGGGAGCGGCGCUUGGCCCUCUGCCUGCCUGGCCCGGGUGAAUGCAAGGGGGGUUUCUAUCAGACAGAAGAGAGAGAGGGGAGAAAUCUGAGGCGCGCAGUGAGAGCUACUGGAUGCCUGCCCCCACCGGGCUGAGCCGAGCAUCUCCUGCCGCAUAGCGCUGCGCUGAGCCCGGGCAACACCGCCAGGAUGACUGUGGUGGCCGGAGAUAACAUGGAUGAGACGUCCACCAUGCCGGGGCACCUGCAGGACACCUACCCACCAGACCACGGGGACCACGAGUGCUGCGAGAGGGUUGUCAUUAACAUCUCAGGGCUGCGCUUCGAGACCCAGUUAAAAACACUCAGUCAAUUCCCUGAGACGUUGCUAGGUAACCCCAAAAAGAGAAUGCGCUACUUCGAUCCGCUUAGAAACGAGUACUUUUUUGACCGGAACCGGCCGAGUUUUGACGCUAUUCUAUAUUACUACCAGUCCGGAGGGCGGUUGAGGAGGCCCGUUAACGUUCCUCUGGAUAUGUUCUCGGAGGAGAUCAAGUUUUACGAGCUCGGGGCAGAGGCCAUGGAGAAGUUUCGAGAAGACGAAGGUUUUAUUAGAGAAGAGGAAAAAGCGCUACCAGACAAAGAGUUUCAACGACAGGUCUGGUUGCUGUUUGAAUACCCGGAGAGUUCGGGACCCGCCAGAGGGAUAGCUAUAGUAUCGGUGAUGGUUAUCUUAAUUUCAAUAGUCAUAUUCUGUUUGGAGACGCUGCCAGAACUCAAAGAGGACCCCAGGGGUAGGAUGGAAACUGUAGGCAACGUGACAUUCUAUUACAAACCAAAUAUUCUCACUGAUCCUUUCUUCAUAGUGGAGACCCUGUGUAUCAUCUGGUUCUCCUUUGAGUUGAUUGUGCGGUUCUUCGCCUGCCCGAGCAAGGCAGCUUUCUUUAAAAACAUGAUGAAUACUAUAGACAUAGUAGCUAUCAUACCCUACUUCAUCACGCUGGGCACCGAGCUGGCAGAGGACCAGGAGGGGAAGGAGAAACCAAGUGAGCAGGCCGCGUCUCUGGCCAUCCUCAGGGUCAUCCGACUGGUCAGGGUGUUCAGGAUCUUCAAGCUGUCCAGACACUCCAAGGGGCUUCAGAUAUUAGGACAAACCCUCAAAGCCAGUAUGAGAGAGUUGGGGCUGCUCAUUUUCUUCCUCUUCAUCGGAGUCAUCCUCUUCUCCAGCGCUGUCUAUUUCGCCGAGGCGGAGGAGAAGGAAUCUUUCUUCACAAGCAUCCCUGACGCAUUCUGGUGGGCCGUGGUCUCCAUGACAACGGUGGGCUACGGGGACAUGUACCCGGUGACCAUCGGCGGUAAGAUAGUGGGCUCGCUCUGCGCCAUCGCCGGAGUGCUGACCAUCGCGCUGCCGGUGCCUGUGAUCGUGUCCAACUUUAACUAUUUCUAUCACCGGGAGACGGAGGGAGAGGAGCAGGCGCAGCUUCUUAACGUCAGCAACCAGGACCUUAACUCAGACAGCAACUCAUCGCGCCGCAGCUCCAACUCUAUCGCCAGCAAGUCAGAAUACAUGGAAAUAGACGAAGGGAUCAACAAUAGUAUUGAUAACUUUAGGGACGCGAAUCUCAGAACUGCUAACUGUACGCCUGUCCUCAACCAGAACUGUGUGAAUAAGGGCAAGCUGCUGACUGAUGUUUAGAAAUACACACAUUCAUUCUAUAUGGCAGCGAUGGGGAUAUGAGGACACCCCGUUCUUUGUAAAUAUUGUAGAAAUGUUUCGGGAAAUGCUUGAUUUAACUUCGUUAAUAAUGCGUGUUUUUUUGCAUUGCGUUAAUUACAUUUGAAUGAAUAGAGAGAAAACUGUUUCACCAAAAGAGGAUAAGAAAAAUGAGGUUUGUUUGACUCUCAAAAUGGGAAAGAUAAAAGUAUUAUAAUAACAUAUUAUCUUUAUGUUCCUAACGUUACCGGAAAACAUCCUGCCAUUGAAAUAUGAAACGGGGAAAACACAACAUGAUCUUUGAAGAAGAAACGGUUUUGCAUGGAUAAUGGAUUAUGGAUAAUGGAUAUGGAUCAUGGAUAAUGUAUCAUGUAUCAUGGAUAAUGUAUCAUGGAUCAUGGAUAAUUGAUAAUGGAUUAUGGAUAAUGGAUAAUGGAUAAUGGGUAAUUGUUAAUGGAUUAUGGAUGAUGGGUAAUGGAUUACAUGUGAACUUGGGUGAGGGUGAGUUGCGUAAUGCACCGGCAUCUGCUGAAGAAAGAGAAAAGGAAUCUGGAAUCUCAGCCCAAACCCAACAACCAUCUGCAGUCAGAGAGAGAGAGAGAGAGAGAGAGAGAGAUCGACCAACGUUGUCCUCAAGGUGCAGUUGUUGUUCCGACGAUUGCUAGUUACCGGAGACCUACUGAGUGAUCAGCUAAGCACUUUAUCCACAAUAGAAACAAACAACAAACAAAACCCACACAGAAAACAGAGGUUUGAACUAAAACACUGGUCUCCUGUUGCCAAGGAGACAUGAUGAGAAGUGGAGGCUGUUUGUAGACCAGACGACAUCUGUAAACUUUCUAUCCCAGCAGAUGCUGAAACUAAAACACCUGCUCUAAUCCCACAGGGGUGUGACGAUAACACGAUGAUGAUGAUG